AUGGUACCUAUUCUUUUAAUUAUUAUUGCAUUUAUUAUUGUUAUAUAUAGUACCAUAUUAUUUGUAUAUACUUAUAAUUGUUUUUUUGUAGCAACAUUAGAUCAAGCACAAUCCAAACUCUCAAAAGCAACUACAAAUUCGGAUUUGUCUACAACAGAAGAUGAAGAAAAAAAAACAUUUAAUUCAUCUGGAGGAUUAGUUGACACGCUUUUUCCACCACCUAAGUAUAAAGAUUAUUGUUCUAAAGUAACAAAAUCAAAACACGAUGUUGAAUCUAUAUUCAAUGUUGACAAUCAUGAAUCACUGAGUGAUAAUAAUGACGAUAAUAUUGCUGAUGAUAAUGAUGAUUCAGAUUGUGAUGGACGCAUCAUAAUCAAUAAAAGUAGUAAUGAUUCAAUUUCAGAAGAAAAUAUUUUGAUCCAAUCCUCAUCAAAUGCUGUAUUUUCACCAAACACCCAAGUUUGGAAGGUCAAUCAUUUAAAUAGAUAUGGACAAACUGAAAUAUCACCGAACUUUCAAUUCACAUAA